AUGGCGAUAUUGACUCCUCUCGCAGCCUCCCCAGAGAUUAUUGCUUCCUGGCCAACUCCCAACUAUGUCAACCCCGACACCAGGGGACCAGCAUUGAUCUAUGUCUGCAUCAUAUUCAGCGCCAUCGGCGUCAUUCUAUGCGCUGCCAGAGCCUAUUCACGUCUUUUCAUUACCAGAGCGCCGGGAGUGGACGAUAUACUGAUUGUCUGCGGCCUCGUUGCCGGCAUCGCUCUGUCAGUCAUGGUCAUUAUUGGCAACAAGACAUAUUUCAGCGGACGCCACGUCUGGGAUAUCCCUGUCUCCAAAUUUGCUGGCCAUCGUCUCAAUGUUUGGAUCGCCAUGUGGUGCUUCAUCACAGCCUCUACCUUUACCAAAAUCAGCGUUCUACUCUUCUAUCGGAGACUCAGUGUCAAAUUCAGCAAAGCCUUCCUCAUUGCCACAUGGGUGGGAAUUGUCUACAACGUUGUGUACAUGCUCGCCUUUUUUAUGACACUGCUACUUAUUUGCGACCCCGUUUACGCCUACUGGCAAAGCUUCGACCCAGUCUGGGCCACCACCCAUGAAUUCAGAUGCAACACAGAAGGACUUUCUCUCCCUGCUUCGGCCGGCCUCAGUGUCCUCGGAGACCUGUACAGCACCCUGAUACCAGUCUUUCUGAUCUACAACCUCGAUUUACCACGAAGACAGAAGCUUGCUCUGUACUCAUUGUUUGCUCUAGGUUUCCUGGCAGUCGCUGCUGGGAUUGUCAGGACUGUUCUUUUGUAUCAAUUAUUGAACUCCGACUUUGAUUUUACCUGGAUUCUCUGGGAGACUUGGAUUUGGGCGGUUGUCGAAUUAUACGUGGCCAUCUGGGCCGCCUGCGCACCUGCGCUCAAGCCGUUUUUUCAGAAAUAUUUUGUAGAAUCCAUUGAAAGUAUCACCAAGAACAAGGGAGAUGCAGUUUGGUACCCAUCACUUAGGGGCUCGAGGGGCAAAACGCUGAGCGAGGACUCCUCUAAUUUGCAUGACAGUGUUGUCAUGGGAAACAUUGGGGUCGCUCACAGCGGGACUGGUGAAGAAUUACGGCAAAGAGGAUUUUUGAAGGAUAUCGGGAACCAAGAAACCAGAAACUUUCAAAUGAGGAAAAGUGCCGAUGGUAAGAUGAUACCGAUGCAGGUUUACAGAGCAAUGCAGACCGAGCCACCAGAAUCCCUGCCCUCCAACGACUUUACCCCAGCUCAUAACUCAACAAGCAGCUACCAAUGGACAGAAAAUUGGCCCAUGCCUCCGAGCAAAACCGGGACACCUGCUAGUUGGCCUGAUUCCAAGUCACGAGGUUCACAGCAGACCAUUCACGUUGGCCUACAGCUCGAUCCAUCCAUGGAGCCAUUCAAUAUCCCGCGCAGCUCUCAAGGAAGUGUGGCAAUGGAGAAUCGGAGGGUGCAGCAGCAUAAAAAUCAUUCUUACGAAUACGGAUCUGGGUUGAACCCCGGGCCAUUUAAGGAUAUGCACGAUGGCCUGGGAUCCAGUUCCCGCCUUGAGUCACCGAGCGAUUCAGAUGAAGCCUCAGUCUAUGCUGACGAGAAGCCACCUUGGAAUACAAUCAGGACAUCGAGCAGCAUCGUGAAGACAGAGAGAAGCACCAGCGAUGAGACUUUGCAUCUACCACGUAUGGGAAGUCGAGACCUCGACCCAGAGAAUAGAAGCGCUGUCAGACCGGGCGCGCCAGCUGGUUAUGCGAUAUGA